UUCAAGUAACCAAAAGGGAUAUCAUCUUUCUUUUGGAUGGAUCACUCAACGUCGGAAAUGCCAACUUCCCCUUUGUGCGUGACUUUGUUGCCACCCUAGUUAACUACCUUGAUGUCGGCAGUGACAAAAUCCGAGUUGGCUUAGUGCAAUUUAGCGACACUCCUAAAACCGAGUUCUUUCUGUACUCGUACCAAACCAAAUCAGACAUAAUUCAACGUAUGGGGCAGCUGAGGCCCAAGGGAGGGUCAGUGUUGAACACCGGCUCUGCACUGAACUUUGUGCUUUCGAAUCACUUCACGGAAGCUGGUGGGAGCAGAAUAAAUGAACAAGUGCCGCAGGUCCUAGUCCUGGUGACGGCAGGGAGGUCUGCCGAUCCCUUCUUGCAAGUUUCCAAUGAAUUAGCUCGGGCCGGAGUGCUGACUUUUGCUGUUGGAGUUAGGAGUGCGGAUAAGGCAGAACUUGAACAGAUUGCCUUUAAUCCAAGAAUGGUAUAUUUUAUGGAUGAUUUCAGUGCUCUGGCAGCUUUACCCCAGGAGUUAAAUAAGCCUAUAACAACAUAUGUUAGUGGAGGUGUGGAAGAGGUUCCACUCGCCCCAACAGAAAGCAAGAAAGAUAUUUUAUUCCUGAUUGAUGGCUCAGCCAACCUCUUGGGUAGCUUUCCUGCCGUCCGGGACUUUGUACACAAAGUCAUUUCUGACCUGAACGUGGGUCCUGAUGCCACACGAGUAGCUGUAGCUCAAUUCAGUGACACAAUCCAAGUUGAAUUUGACUUUGCCGAACUCCCAUCUAAGCAAGACAUGCUUCUCAAAGUGAAAAGGAUGAGGAUAAAAACUGGGAAGCAACUGAAUAUUGGAGCUGCGCUAGAUGAAGCGAUAAGGAGGCUGUUUGUGAAGGAAGCUGGAAGCAGGAUCGAAGAAGGAGUUCCUCAGUUUUUGGUCCUCCUUGCUGCUGGGAGAUCAUCCGAUGACGUGGAGCAACCGUCAGAUGCUCUGAAGCAAGCUGGAGUUGUGACCUUUGCUAUCAAAGCCAAAAGUGCCGACUCUGUAGAGCUGGAAAGGAUCGUUUAUGCCCCACAAUUCAUUCUGACCGUCGACUCCCUCACUCGUAUUUCAGAGCUUCAGCCAAACAUAGUCAACCUGUUGAAAACUAUCGAGCUUCAGCCAACAGUAGUUGAGAGAGGUGAGAAGAAGGAUGUGGUGUUUCUAAUCGAUGGCUCAGAUGGUGUUAGAAGAGGUUUCCCUCUACUGAAGACCUUUGUUCAAAGAGUUGUUGAAAGCCUGGAUAUUGGUCGUGACAAGGUCCGUGUUGCCGUCGCGCAGUACAGCAAUGUUAUACAACCCGAGUUCUUACUCGACACCCACGAAGACAAAGCAGAUCUCAUCAGUGCCAUCCAGGAGCUGAAAGUUAUGGGAGGAUCUCCUCUGAACACCGGAGCAGCCCUCGACUAUCUCAUCAAGAACGUCUUCACGGUGUCAAGCGGUAGCAGGAUAGCAGAGGGCGUCCCGCAGUUCCUGAUUCUGCUGACUGCUGAUCGGUCCCAGGAUGACGUGAGGAGGCCCUCGGUGGUCCUGAAGACGAGUGGAACAGUGCCCUUUGGCAUAGGGAUUGGAAAUGCUGACAUCACAGAGCUGCAGACGAUCUCCUUCCUCCCGGAUUUCGCUAUCUCUGUGCCUGACUUCAGCCAGCUGGAUACAGUGCAGCAGGUCGUCUCGAACAGAGUCAUCCGGCUGACCAAGAAAGAGAUAGAGUCACUUGCCCCUGAUCUGGUUUUUACAUCACCCAGCCCAGCGGGUGUGAAAAGGGACGUUGUGUUCAUGGUUGAUGGCUCCCGCUAUGCCGCCCAGGAGUUCUACCUCAUCCGUGAUCUCAUUGAGAGGAUAGUGAACAACUUGGACGUGGGCUUUGACACCACCCGGAUUUCAGUGGUCCAGUUCAGCGAGCAUCCCCGCGUGGAGUUCCUGCUCAACGCCCACUCCACCAAGGAUGAGGUGCAGAGCGCUGUGAGACGGCUGCGGCCACAGGGUGGCCAGCAGGUGAACGUUGGGGAGGCUCUUGAGUUUGUGGCGAAGACCAUCUUCACCCGGCCCUCCGGGAGCCGCAUAGAGGAAGGCGUCCCUCAGUUUUUGGUCAUCCUCUCCUCCCGCAAGUCCGACGAUGACUUAGAGUACCCAUCACUCCAAGUCAAACAAGUGGGGGUGGCACCUAUGGUGGUAGCAAAGAACGUGGAACCUGAGGAGAUGGUACAGAUUUCUCUUAGUCCUGAUUAUGUAUUCCAAGUCUCCAGCUUCCAAGAACUGCCUAGCCUCGAGCAGAAGCUUCUGACUCCUAUUGAAACCCUGACCGCGGACCAAAUCAGAAGGCUGCUGGGAGACGUGCAACCCCCCACAGAUGUUACUGGUGAUGAAAAGGACGUAGUCUUCCUUAUUGACAGCUCUGACAGCGUUAGGUCCGAUGGGCUUGCUCACAUUCGGGAUUUCAUCAGCAGAAUUGUUCAGCAGCUGGAAGUGGGGCCAAACAAAGUGCGAAUCGGUGUGGUGCAGUUCAGCAAUAAUGUCUUCCCUGAGUUCUACCUGAAGACCCACAAGUCCAAAAAUGCCAUCCUGCAAGCCAUCCGCCGCUUAAGGCUUAGAGGGGGCUCCCCCGUGAAUGCCGGCAAAGCCCUAGACUACGUGGUGAAGAACUACUUUAUCAAGUCUAACGUGGACAGGGGCCAGCUGCAGGUCAUCACCAACGAUCCUGAGCGUGUGUUUGUGGUACAGGACUUUACAGGACUCCAAACUUUAGAAAAGAACGUGCAGAGCAUUCUUGAAGAGCUUCCGAUACCUACAACAGAAAUCCCUGGAAUUCCAGGACCUGGAGCUAAAAAGCAGGCUGACAUUGUGUUUUUGCUGGAUGGCUCGAUCAAUCUCGGGAGGGAUAACUUCCAAGAAGUUCUCCAGUUUGUCUACUCUGUGGUGGAUGCCAUUUAUAGGGAUGGUGACUCUAUCCAGGUAGGACUGGCCCAGUACAACUCAGAUGUCACUGAUGAGUUUUUCCUCAAGGACUACUCCACCAAACCUCAGAUUUUAGAUGCCAUCAAUAAAGUCAUCUACAAAGGUGGCCGAGUGGCAAACACUGGCUCAGCUAUCAAGCAUAUCCAGGCGAAACACUUUGUGAAGGAGGCUGGCAGCCGAAUUGACCAGAGGGUGCCCCAGAUCGCCUUCAUCGUCACAGGUGGGAGGUCCUCUGAUGACGGGCCGAGUGCCUCCUUGGAAAUCGCACAGAAAGGCGUCAAGGUGUUUGCGGUUGGCGUGAAAAACAUCGACCUGAAGGACGUCAGCCUUCUGGCCAGCGAGAGCGCCACAAGUUUCAGAGCAUCCACAGCCCAGGAGCUGUCAGAGCUGAAUGAGCAGGUCCUGGUUACGCUGGAAGCCGCUAUGGAGGAGAGAUUGUGCCCAGUAACGACGGAAAUUUUAAGAGACUGUGACUUAGACGUGAUACUCGGCUUUGAUGUCACGGAUGUUGGGCCUGGCCAAAGCAUAUUCAAUUCCCAGAGAGGUCUGGAGUCCAGAGUUGAGUCUGUGCUGAACAGAAUAACGCAGAUGCAGAAGAUCAGCUGCACUGGCAACCAGGCGCCCAACGUCAGGGUGGCCAUCAUGGCCCAGGCUCGGGGGGGACCCGUGGAGGGACUGGACUUCUCCGAGUACCAGCCUGAGCUCUUCGAGAGGUUUCAAGGCAUGCGUACCCGCGGGCCCUAUUUUCUCACGGCGGAUACGCUGAGGUCCUACCUGAACAAAUUCAGAUCUGCACCCUCCGGCAGCACCAAGGUCAUAAUCCAUUUUACUGACGGUGCAGAUGACUCGAUAGAUCAGCUGGAGGCUACUUCGUCUGAAUUGCAUAUAGAAGGUGUCAACGCUCUCAUCUUCGUCGGGCUGGACCGAGUGAGCAAUUUCGACCAAGUGAUGCAGUUGGAGUUUGGUCGUGGGUUCACCUACAACAGACCGCUCAGAGUUAAUCUGCUGGACUUGGAUUUCGAGCUGGCAGAGCAGCUCGACAACAUCGCAGAGAGGACGUGCUGCAAGGUCCCAUGCAAGUGCUCGGGGCAGAGAGGGGACAGAGGUGUGCCGGGCCCCAUAGGACCAAAGGGUGCCACGGGUGAUCUUGGCUAUGGAGGCUAUCCUGGUGACGAAGGAGGACCGGGUGAGCGUGGACCACCGGGCGCGAACGGGACGCAGGGUUUCCAGGGAUGCCCCGGGCACAGAGGAACCAAGGGUUCUCGGGGAUUCCCAGGAGAGAAGGGUGAACUGGGAGAAAUGGGUCUGGAUGGCAUUGAUGGAGAAGAGGGAGACAAGGGUUUGCCCGGCUCCUCUGGAGAGAAGGGAUACACUGGCAGGAGGGGUGAUAAGGGAGUUAAAGGUGAACGAGGAGAACGAGGUGAUCGUGGGCUCCGUGGAGACCCGGGAGAUUCAGGAGCUGAUAAUACUCAAAGGGGAACCAGAGGCCAAAAGGGUGAAAUUGGACCAAUGGGAGAGCCAGGACCGGCGGGUGUGGAUGGCCAAGACGGUGGAGUUGGGAGGAAGGGUAUGGCAGGACGAAGGGGACCGAUAGGCAUUAAGGGUACCAAGGGCUCACCCGGACAGGCGGGGCCGGCUGGAGAACAAGGCAUGAGAGGGCCACAGGGUCCGCCCGGCCAGCUUGGCACACCAGGCUUAAGAGGAGAGCAGGGCAUGCCUGGACCCAGGGCUGGUGGUGGACCACCAGGAGUUCCAGGAGAGCGGGGCAGGAUCGGUCCCCUAGGACGAAAGGGUGAGCCUGGAAACCCUGGACCCAAAGGGCCAAAUGGACAGCAGGGCCCACGAGGAGAGAUGGGUGACGAUGGACGAGAUGGAAUUGGUGGCCCAGGCCCUAAAGGCAGGAAGGGAGAACGUGGCUUCAUAGGCUACCCAGGGCCCAAGGGUGGACCUGGUGACCGUGGUGGUGCUGGAGGCCCUGGCCCUAGAGGAAACAGAGGCCGCAGAGGAAAUGCAGGAGAUCCUGGGACACCUGGUCAGAAAGGAGAGGUUGGAUACCCUGGACCAUCUGGACUUAAAGGUGAUAAAGGAGAAUCCAGAGAUCAAUGUGCACUUGUGCGGAACAUCAAAGACAAAUGCCCUUGCUGCUAUGGUCCCAAGGAGUGUCCAGUCUUCCCGACCGAGCUGGCCUUCGCUAUCGACACCUCCUCGGGCGUCGUGACGGGUGUUUUCAACAGGAUGAAGCAAACUGUGCUCAGAGUGGUCAACAACUUAACCAUCGCUGAGAGCAACUGUCCUCGGGGUGCCCGGGUGGCUCUGGUCACCUACAACAACGAGGUCACCACAGAGAUCCGCUUUGCUGACGCCAGGAAGAAAUCAGGCCUCCUCCAGCAGAUCCAAAACUUCCAGGCGACCCUAACGACAAAGCCACGCAGCCUAGAGACAGCCAUGUCCUUCGUGGCCAGGAAUACCUUCAAGCGUGCCCGAAGUGGCUUCCUUAUGAGGAAGGUGGCUGUCUUUUUCAGCAACGGGGACACGAGAGCCUCCCCACAGCUCAAUGAUGCCGUGCUGAAACUCUACGAUGCUGGGGUUAUGCCUGUGUUCCUCACCAGCCGGCAGGACCCGGUUCUCACCAGAGCUCUGGAGAUCAACAACACAGCGGUUGGACACGCAAUUGUUCUUCCAGCCAGUGGCAGUCAGCUGAAUGAAACUAUCCGGAGGCUCUUGACUUGUCACAUUUGUUUGGAUGUGUGUGAUCCUGAUCCUGCCUGUGGUUUUGGUAGUCAGAGACCUGUAUUCAGAGACAGAAGGGCAGCCCCAACAGAUGUAGACACUGACAUUGCCUUCAUCAUGGAUAGCUCGGAGUCCACCACCCCUCUGCAGUUCAAUGAGAUGAAGAAGUACAUUUCCCACCUCAUAAGUAACCUGGAAAUCAGCUCUGAGCCAAAAGUAUCUCAGCACCACGCAAGAGUGGCAGUUCUCCAGCAAGCUCCUUAUGAAUAUGAAACCAACUCAAGCUUCCCGCCAGUAAAAACUGAGUUUUCACUAACUGAUUAUGGAUCCAAAGAGAAGAUUAUGAAUUACCUUCACAACCAAAUGACCCAGCUCCAUGGCACAAGGGCUAUAGGAAGUGCAAUUGAACAUACAGUGGCUCACAUUUUUGAAAGUGCACCAAACCCUCGGGAUCUAAAAGUCAUCGUUCUGAUGAUGACCGGAAAAGUGAAUAAACAAGAACUUGAAUACCUGCAGAAAGUUGUUAUCAAUGCAAAAUGCAAAGGGUACUUCUUUGUUGUCUUGGGCAUUGGCAGGAAGGUGAACGUCAAGAAUAUCUAUAGCCUAGCUAGCGAGCCAAACGACGUGUUCUUCAAAUUGGUCGAUAAACCAGGAGAGCUUCAUGAAGAGCCCUUGCUACGCUUUGGGAGAUUGUUGCCAUCUUUUAUCAGAAGUGACUUUGCUUUCUACCUGUCUCCAGAGAUAAGGAAACAGUGUGAGUGGUUCCAGAGUGAUCAGCAAGCCAAGAGCCAGAGCCCUGGGCACACUGGGCAGAAAGCAGUGUACGUGGCACCCAACGUGACCAUAAGCCGGACCCUCAGUGCCAGCACCACGGUCAGUACGAGCGCCAAGCCUGUUGCGAGCACCAACGCCCGUGCCAGAACCACCACUGCCAGCACCACGGCCCAGACCAGAACCACCGACCAGACCACAGCCAGCACCGUGGUCCAGGUGAACACCACCACGCAGAGCGCAGCAAGCACCACCACCCACGCCAAAGCCACCGGUCGCACCACCGCGAGCACCACGGCCGCCACGGCAGGUGGCAGGAGAAGACAAGGCGCCAAGAGCCACGACAUCCAGAUCUCAGACGUGACGGAGAACAGUGCCAGGCUGCGCUGGGCCAGCCCCGAGCCACACAACGCCUACGCUUUUGAUAUCACCGUCACCUUGGCGCACGACCACUCUCUCGUGCAGAAGCAAAACCUGACCGGCACCGAGCACGUCAUCCGAGGACUCAGAAGCGGACAGAAAUACCUCGUCGUCAUCACCGGCUACCAGAAAUCCCAACCCAAAGUGACCUACACAGGGACAUUCAGCACAA